AUGCCGGAACAAAGUUUAGGCAAAUAUAGAAAUACUGUUAUUAAUUUUGUCAAUACUUUGCAAGUAUUGACAAAAUUAAUAAAGAACAAUGAUUGGUACAAAUUAGAACAAAAAGAUAAUGUUUUUGAAAAGGCAAAUCUACAGGAAUUGAAAACUUACCGUGAUUUUUCCAACGAACUUACAAUAAUAGAUAACCAACAUGUCAUUUUACGUCGCAACCGCAUCAUAAUACCCCAAGUAUUCCGUCAAAGGAUACUCGCAAUAGCACACGAAAAUCAUCUUGGUAUUAGCAAAACAAAAGCUUUAUUACGUAAUAACAUUUAUUUUCCUGUUGUGGAUGAAAAAGUAGAAAAUUUAUGGAACAAAUACAUACCAUGUGCUGCAACAAUCAAACAAAAUACACCACCACCUAUGCAACCUUCAACGUUACCACCGGACGUCUGGCAUACACUAAAUAUUGACUUCCUAGGGACGUUACGUAAUGGGAAGUGUUUACUAGUAGUCAUAGAUCAAAUAUCAAGAUAUCCAGAAGCAGAAAUUACAAAUAGUACUGCUACACAACAGAUUAUUGAAUUGCUAACUAAAAUAUUUUUAACGCAUGGAAUACCUUUUAAAGUUAUAACCGAUAAAAGCCCACCAUUUCCCAAUUACAAAUUCAAAGACUUCAUGACCGUAAAUGGCAUAAAACAUCAUAGAAUUAUAUAA